AUGCCUAGUUUUUAUCAUUCGAAUUAUCAACGAAAUCAAAAUUAUAAAUGGCUAAAUAGUAGUUGGCAUUUAUUACCAAGUCAAACUCCACAAAGUUCAUGUAUCAGUAAACCAUCACUUCUUCAAGUUGCUGUUCGUAGUCGAAAUCGUCAUGGUAAAAAUGUUCUUCUUUUUGAUCUUCAAGAAUUAUUUGAUCGAUCAAAUAUUCAUUUUCGUGAAUAUAAUACAAGUAUUAAUGUUCAUAAUUUAAUGCAAUUAAUGUUUAAUCAUUCCAAUGCAUAUAAAAUUUCUCAAUCAUUAUUAAAUGAUUUAGCACAAUUAAAAUGUUCGUAUGAUGAAGAUUGUUUUCAUACAUCAAAACUUCAUCAUUGCAUUGAAUUAUCAGAUAUUUAUCGUAAAGUUUUUCCUAAUGAAAAAGAUCAACAAAUUUAUAGUCUACAACGUAUGACAGCAAUGACACUUCAUUAUCAAUUAGAUAAAAAACAACAAUGUGCAAAUUGGUCAAAACGACCAUUAACACAAUCAUUAAAAGAUUAUGCUGCUAUGGAUGUUAUUGUUAUGAUUGAUAUUUAUGAACGAUUAAAAACUAGAAUUGAACAGAAAUUAGACGACCAAGAUCCUGAAACACCAACAUGGAAAGAUUUUCAAAAUUCUCUUGAAAUAUCAAUUGAUUUAAGUCAAAUUGUUCUCUAUCAAUGUAUAUGUGGUGAACGAUUUAUUACAAAUAAAACUCGUAAUAAACAUGCUCGAACAUGUAUCCAAGAACAACAGCGAAUUGAACAAGUAGCUAUAAAUGAAAAACGUCCUCGUAAAAAGAAGACUAAAAGAAUAUUAAUUAAUAAUAAUGAUCCAAUAAAACCUGAAAUAAAUAUUGUAGCAUCUUUGCCAAAACUUGAUUUUGAUGCACCACCUCCAUGUGGUCGUGGAUAUAUUCCACCAGCACUUAAACGUGCUUAUCAAUCUAUGAAUCAAAUAUCAUUAUAUGAACAAGUUCGAUGUUCAUCAGCAUUUGAUGAAUUUAAUCAAUUAAAUGAAAAUCGUCCACCUGAUGCUCAAUAUUUUCUUGAAGAUGAUGAUACAGAAGUUGCACAAGCAUUUGGUCUUGAAAUAAUGAAUAUAUCUUCAAAACCGAAACGAUUAAAUCAAAUUAAUCAAAGUCAAACAAAUGUAUCAUUAAUACCUAUAUCUAAACAAAAACUCAAAAUAGCUGCUUAUCCACCAAAAAAUCAAUUUCUAUCUCUCAAUACUCAAAAAACAUUAUCUGAUGAAAAUGAUUUACUCGAUCGUUUGAAAGAUGAUUUUGAUAGUCAACCUGAUUUUCAUUGUCAUCUUUUUGGUUUAGGCGGCCGUGGUCGAUCAUCAUCAAUGCAUUUAUCUCCUCCAGAACCGUUUCUUAGUAAACGAAAUAAUUUCACCUAA